GCCUGGAGAGGAAUUCCGAUAAGAAUCGAUGCAAGGACGUGAUCAAGGUCUAUAAAUCGUGCAAGAAGAUAGAGAGAGAACAACGCCUGGAGCGUAAUAGACAAAAGGGAUGGUUCGACUGAUACGUUCCUUCUAGAUUUCCCAUGAAGCUAGAAGUUUCGCAAGGCUUGUGGGCAUCCAACACCUUUGCGCACGAUGUCCGAGUGGCGCUUGUUCUGGACAAGCCUGCGACAAUCUGGACUGGAGCUGCCGAUGGCAAGAUUUUUCUGUGGAGCUUUGAUUCACGCUCAUCCUCAAAGGAUGAGUGUGGGGAGCACUUUGUUCCAGAGGAUGUGCUACCACUGGCGCUACUUUGCGGGCAUACUGCUGCUAUAGUUGGCUUGCAGGCAUGCGACCGGAGCCAGAGCCAGAGUCAAGGUGGAGUUCUUAGCGUAUGUAGCGAGCGGGGAAUGUGCGUAUGGGAUAGUGAUACUGGGAAAUGUUUAAGGAGGCGACGGUUGCCUCCAUCGAUUGCGCAGCCUACAUCAGUUUCUCGUGUUCCUGGUGAGACGAAACACAUCUGCGUUGGUUACCAUUCUAGCAGCUCCGGGCAGGCAAAAGGUGGCGUCCUUGUUGUCGACACGAGCACGCUCAGAGUCACGCAGAACAUCUACCAUGGGCUCCUUGGACUGAGGGAAAUCAACGACUUAGUGGUGGUAGCACAGCAGGACGAGUUUAAGGCUACUGUUGCGGAUUUAAAAGGCAACUUUCAAGUAUGGUCCAAGAACAAGUCUGGCCAGGAAGGUGCAGAGGGAGAUCUUCAUGUAGAAGCAGCUGAAGCAGUCUCACUGUCCAAUGACGGAAAACUUUUGCUCUUGGUUUCUCCACUGGGAUGGAUGCUCAGAUCACUCGAAAACUUGUCGAUCUAUCGGGAAGACGGUACGUGUUUGGUCGGUGGAUACUUUCUGAGGGACGUCGAGAAACAUCAAUUUCUAGUUUGGGAUGGACAGGGAUCAGCCACCGUUUACUCCGUGGAGGGAAGCAAUUCUGUCGCUCGCGUUAGUGUCGUGCCAGGUCUCAAAGGAAGUGCAGGCUGCAAGAUCACCUUCUGCUCUAUCGGUGACAUCAUAGUUCGUAUUGAUUAUAAUCGGGAGGCCAGUGUAGCAGUGUGGACUUCCAGUUGGAAAGGUGCUGCUACAGGAAGAGCAAGCUUUGGUAGCUCUGGUCGGCUUUGGAAAGGUUUGGAAACUGCUAACAGCAUUACCAUCACGUCUUCGCUACUUGUUCCCAGUUAUGGGACUCUAGUUCCAUCGAUCUUCGUGUGUGGAUACGCCAACGGGGACUUUGAUCUUAUAAAGCUGGAGCCUGGGAGGAAAGAAGUACACGCGAGUGAGAACGGCCCAUCGAUCCAGUGCCUUGCUGUUCAUCAGUCCGAGUUGAGGCAAGUGUUACUUUCUGGAAGUAUGGACGGCUCGGUGUGCUUAUGGGAUAUAGAAGCAGGGAAUAGGAGCUUGAUAGCAGUUCUUCAUCCACACGUUGCUCCUGUAAGGCAGUUUGUUUUACCUUCACCAGAGUCCUCGCCACCUUGGGAUGAGUGCUUCGUCUCCGUGGCCGAUGAUUCGACCGUGGCAUUGUCGUCACUUACGAGCUUGAGAACCGAGAGGAUAUUUCCGGGGCAUGCUGGUGUGAUACAACAAGUUGUGUGGGACGAGUUCAGAGCUUAUCUUGCAGUCCUGUGCACUGCCGGCGAUGGUCAGCUGGUUUUGUACAUAUGGGACAUCCAUUCCGGUGCUCGUGAGCGUAUUCUUCGUGGAGCAGCUGCUCAGUCGAUGCUGAAGCACUUUGCAAGUCGGAAGAGGCGUACCACCGAGCUGCAUGGGGACUUCACUUCGGCUUCUUCGCUGCUUCUACCUCUUGACGAUGUACAUAGUCCGAUGGCUUCGCAAGAAAUGACAAGCAGCCAGGUGCAAGGUAGUAUGGAUCCACACUGCAAGCAACAUGCUAUCAGAGCAGGAUGCCCGUUUCCCGGUAUAGCGGCCAUCCACUUCGACAUGACGUCGCUUUUAAGCACUGUUGACGAGAAGCUCUUGAAGCUGAGCCUUUCAGUUCUUCACUUUUGGGGAAUUGAUGAGGAGCUUGACAAAUCUGUGGCAGACGAGCUGCAAGUAUUCCAACCGAGGCACCAUCGCGUUGCUGCAGGUAUAGCUGGGAACAGAGGGAGCGUUACACUAAUACUUCCAACGAAAGAAGCAGCUUCUAAGUUUUGGAGCCGCUCGUCGGUUUUGUUCUCAAUGCGAGCUUUGACGAUGGUGUCGCUCGCUCAGCGCUUGCUCACGUUUUCAGCUCCCGGCUCUAUGAUUUGCAGUGCACUAGCUGCUUUCUACACGGCUGGAGCUGUUGAGAAACUUGGUGAUGCUUGUCUGGAGAUAUUUGCAUGUUUCUGGCAAGAUCCUGCUGAGCAUGUCCGACUGGCUGCCCGUCUCUUAUUCCAUUCUGCAGCAUCCACAGCGGUGCCAGACAUUUUACAGAAUGAUAACGGCUCCUCGUUCGAUGAUCUUCUCGAGUGGCUAGAAUCGUCAGGAGGACAGGAAACAUGGCUUGGCCUCACAGGUGGCUCGGACCAGGAUGGUAGAGCUUGCAGAAUCAUCAUGUGUGGAGCAUUGGCAAUCUGGCACAAGUCCUUGGUGCGGCAUGACUUGUCGAGCUCCACCGCUCCCUUACUGCUCAAGCUAGUGCGAACAAGUGAUAGGCACAGCGCUACAGCAGCGGAGGUUUUGUGUGCUGGGAUGGCGAGCACUUGGCAGCCACUUAUACAGUCAGAGGAAGUGUCCCAGCUCACCUCGGACGUGCUCUUUCUCAUCCAAUGCAUUGGCGGUGACGGGGAUCAUGGUGGUCACAUUGCUACUACGGAACACCACCGAGCGCUCUUGUCAGCUCUUGCGCUCGCGGACAUGCCCGCUUUCUUGAUUGCUCUGGAAAGAGUAGCAUCGACGAAAUCUUCUUCGAGCGUUUUACUGGGACUCACGUCGCUAGUUCAAGUUAUACGUACGUCUCCGUCGACUGUCAUUGCGUGUCUUGGACGGAUUGUUUCGCUGGCUGUUCGUCUAUUGGAUCCUGCGGAUUCGCUGCAAAGACGGCACAACUUUCCUAUUAUCAUGGAAGUGAUCAAGGAGAUGUCUCAAGCGUUUCCUAUGGUUGCUCUUUACCAUCCGGUUGCUCAAUCAGCAGCUGGCAAACUUGCAGUUGGUGAUCCAGUGGGUGACAUCCGGUCGCUUAGGAUUCAUGUAUAUGACCUUUACAGUGCGAGUAUAAUGAAGGUUCUUGAUGCCAGUGGACCUCCCGGACAUCCAGCAUUGUCUCCCAGUGCUAGAAGCUCCACUCGGACGCUAGGAAUUACCGCUCUGAGCUUCUCGAAUGAUGGCGAGGGUCUUGUAGCUUUCUCACAUCAAGGAUUGAUACUUCGAUGGUGGUCGGUUGGCGCUGCUUGGUGGGACAAACUGAGCCGCUCCACCGUGCCCGUCCAGUGCACAAAGCUAGUUCUCUUACCACCCUCGCCAGGAUUCUCCCCAAAAUCAUCCAGCACUAGCAUUAUCGGAAAUUUGAGUGGAUCGAAGAAUGUCGAGGAAGUGGAGGAAGAAAGCGAAAGCGAGGAGACGAUUGAUUUGUCCUUUCGCUUGCAUUGGAAGUCGGACCGAAUUGUAAUUCUCAGCCGCGGCAACCACCAAGUCGGGGUGUUUCAGCUGUGACCGUCUUUUACAGCCACAAAUAUCUUUUAUUCACGUUAAAGUCUAGACAGCAAAUAAGAACAUAUCAACACGCGCCACAAGCUCCAAAAUCAGAAUGGAACUAUCGUGGCCCCAAGGUGGAAAUCUGGGGGGAUUCAUUGGAAGCUCCCGAGGAGAUCCUGGUGGAGUCAUUGGAUCGCAUGGCUGUGUAGGAGAGUGAAGAUGAUCGGCUCAAGUUCUCUGGAACGUGAGCGUUUGAGUACCCCGCCAGCAUCGCGACGACGUGAGGCAUUGACGGCCGCGCCUGAGGCAAGUCUUGAGUACACAUGAGCGCCAGUGUCACCAGCUGCAGCGCCUGGCUGUUGGAAACUUCGUUCUCCAGUUUCGGGUCCACAAAGUCGCCAAAUACCCCUCCUGCGUCAGCGUGAAUCUGCCAUGCCUGGAAAACAAUUCCGCGAGCCUUACAAAUCUAAAUACAAACACUAAUUUUUUCAA